AUCGGCUUCAGCUCGUGAGCGCCGCUGAAGCAUGCUCUCGCGCGUGUCGCGCGCAGCUGGCGGGCCGCUUCUUGCGGCGCGCCGCCCGGCGGCGAAGCUGCUCCGCGGGGGGCAGCGGCGGGGGAUGUGCGCGGCGGCGGAGGAGGGGCCGAAGACGGUGCAGGGCAUCUCCCUCUCCAACCCGCCCAUCACCUGGCUCGUCUCGAUUCUCGGAAUCAACUACCUCCUCUGCUUCCGCUGGGCGAUCAAGGACAAGUCGCUGGCCGCAAAGGUUGCGGAGAUCGAGGCGGAGCAGGAGGAGGCGAAGGCCAAGGUGCAGAGCAAGGCGGACGGGAACUACGACCUGCACAAGGAGUUCCUUCGCAAGGAGUCCAAGGUGCAGAUGGACGAAGCAAAGGACGCGAUGGCGAAGACCAUGGCGUUCGUGCGCAAGGAGUCGGCGCUGCAGAGCGGCACGCCGCUGCCCGCGGCGGUGGACACGUCCAACCCAACGACCUGGAAGGUGUCGGACGUGCUCGCGUGGCUGGAGGAGGAGGAGCUCGGCGACCACACCAUGGCAUUCAAGGAGCACGCCGUCAACGGGAAGCUGCUGCUCACCCUCACAGAGCAGGACAUGGACUCGCCGCUCAACAUCGUCUCGCCGCUGCGCCGCAAGAAGCUGACGAUGGCCAUCGCAGACUUGCGCGCCAAGGCCGCCUGAGCAGGCGCCGCCGCCAGGGCGGCGCCGCCGAGCAUCCGCGCUUCAGGGCGGGGCGAGUGAGGGUAGUGAGCGGG